GCGUGUUUUAUAUCAGCACAAUUCUAAUAUCCUCAAGAUGGAGUUUGCCCUUGUGAAUUUACAUUGUUGGUGGUUAUCUGUUGCUCUGGAGGAUUCUCAGGAAAGAUUCUGCUAACAUGACUUUGAGGAACAGAAAAUGCCAAGUGUUCUUUGUCAUGGAGAAAGUCAACCGCUCUUCCUAAGUGUGUUUCUCUCUCUCUCUCUCUGAUGUAUGUCUGGAAAAAUCAGUAACUGGAUUGUGAUGACAUGUCUUUAGCUAAUAAGAAAAGAAGCUGGGAAGAUCAUGUGACCAAUUGGCCUGGCUUUUCAUUUGAUUUUGAUGAUUCUGGUGCAGUCUGUUGUCAUGGGCUUGUGGCUCCUAAUCUAAAAUUAAGCAUGGAAAGCGAUGAAAACUCACAAACAGACAAGAAGAAAAGAUUUUCCAGUGUUUCUUUACCAGAAUCUUGCCAUAACUCUGAUCUGUCUGCCCGUCAAGCAAAGCAACUGUGUGAGCAUAGAAGAGAGGUGGAUGAAAAUGAUAAUCUUGAAAGUGAAGAGUAUAUUCUUUCAUUAGAAGCAAGUACAGAGACUCUAGUCCAUGUAUCAGAUGAAAACUCAGAUCUCAGUUGUGCGGAAGAUUAUGUUGCAGGAGAACUGCUGACCUCAGGGAGUGAAGGAGCACUAAUUGAAAAAUCACCAGUAACAAAGGUUGACCAAGUGACCAAGAAUAGACCUGAGACUUUUGGAAUAGAAAAUGACCCUGAUUAUGAUUCUGUCCCUGAAGAAGACACAAAAGACGAUGAGAAAACAAGUGAGUCUGAACACCUGGAGUCUUCAGAGGAGUUAAAUCUGAGGAGAAAUAUGGUUAGGAGUUCGCAUGCAAUUAUUCCAACAGAGGAGCUUCUCCAUACUGCAGUAAUUGCACAGCAGCGUAGAAAACAUGACAUGCUGAGAAAUGAAUGUGAUGGGGAGGUUACUGUGAAUAUGACUGGACAACUUGACACGAAUGGUGAUGUACAAACGACAUCAGAGGUUAUCCCUGUGAAUUGUAAAAUGGCAUCUCAGAUAUGCUCAGAGGAGAGUUUGGAUCAAACAUUUCUGGAGGAAUUCAGUCUAGAUGUAGGACAAGCUGAAAAUUUUUCUGAUACCACAAAUACUAAUACGAGUGUUGCAAAGCAGAGCCCCCAAAUAUUAAAUUUACAGCAAAGUACAAAUAACUAUAAUCCUACAGAUAGUACCAUAAAACUUCGAAAGAGAAAGGAAAUGAGAGAAGAUCGAGAUCGGGCACGGCUGGAUUCCAUGGUGCUGCUCAUUAUGAAACUGGACCAGCUUGACCAAGACAUUGAAAAUGCUCUCAGCGCAAACUCAUCUCCAUCCAUCACUCCAACUUUUAAGAGAAGACACAUCCCUGUGAGCACGUUUACCUACAAUUACAUUCUAUGUGUUUUUGUUUACAAUUACUAA